AUGGACUUGUUGUCUGGGACGUAUAUAUUUGCGGUCCUUUUAGCAUGUGUCGUAUUUCAGUCUGGCGCCCAGGAGAAAAACUACACCGUCCGAGAAGAAAUGCCAGAAAAUGUUCUGAUAGGCGACUUGCUGAAAGACCUCAACUUGUCACUGAUUCCACACAAGUCCUUAACAUCUCCUAUGCAGUUUAAGCUAGUGUACAAGACUGGUGAUGUGCCACUGAUUCGAAUUGAAGAAGGUACUGGUGAGAUCUUCACUGCUGGAACUCGCAUUGAUCGUGAGAAAUUGUGUGCUGGUAUCCUGGUGGAAACCCGUUGCUUUUAUGAAGUGGAGGUUGCUGUUUUGCCAGAUGAAAUAUUUAGACUGGUUAAGAUACGUUUUCUGAUAGAAGACGUAAAUGAUAAUGCGCCAUUAUUCCCAGCAACAGUUAUCAACAUAUCAAUUCCGGAGAAUUCGGCUAUAAACUCUCGAUACGCUCUCCCAGCAGCCAUUGAUCCUGACAUAGGAAUAAACGGAGUUCAAAACUACCAGUUAAUUAAGGGUCAAAGUAUUUUUGGACUUGAUGUCAUUGAAACACCAGAAGGGGACAAGAUGCCGCAACUGAUUGUUCAAAAGGAGUUAGAUAGGGAAGAGAAGGAUACAUAUAUAAUGAAAGUAAAGGUUGAAGAUGGUGGCUUUCCUCAACGAUCCAGUACUGCUAUUUUGCAAAUAAGUGUUGCUGACACAAAUGACAACAGCCCAGUCUUCAAGGAGGAUGGGAUUGAAGUUAAUAUACCAGAAAAUGCUCCUGUAGGUACUUCAGUGACACAACUCCAUGCGACAGAUGCCGACAUAGGUGAAAAUGCCAAGAUUCACUUCUAUUUCAGCAAUCUAGUCUCCAACAUCGCCAAGAGGCUAUUUCACCUCAACACCACCACUGGACUUAUCACAGUCAAACAACCACUGGAUAGGGAGGAAUCACCAAACCACAGGUUACUGGUUUUGGCAAGUGAUGGUGGAUUGAUGCCAGCAAGAGCAAUGGUUCUAGUAAAUGUUACAGAUAUCAAUGAUAAUGCCCCAUCAAUUGACAUAAGAUACAUCAUUAAUCCAAUCAAUGGCACUGUGGUUCUUUCAGAAAAUGCUCCCCUCAACACCAAAAUUGCUCUCAUAACUGUGACAGAUAAAGAUGCUGACCACAAUGGCAUGGUGACAUGCUUCACAGAUCAUGAAGUCCCUUUCAGAUUAAGGCCAGUAUUCAGUAAUCAGUUCCUCCUGGAGACUGCUGCAUAUCUUGACUAUGAGUCCACAAGAGAAUAUGCCAUUAAAUUACUAGCUGCAGAUGCUGGCAAACCUCCUUUGAAUCAAUCAUCCAUGCUCCUUGUCAAAGUGAAAGAUGAAAAUGACAAUGCUCCUGUUUUCACCCAGCCUUUCAUAAGUCUUUCUCUUCCUGAGAAUAACUCUCCUGGCACCAAGUUGACAAAAAUAAGUGCAACGGAUGCGGACAGUGGGCACAGUGCUGAGAUCAAUUAUCUGCUAGGUGUUGAUGCUCCAUCUGAAUUUAACCUAGAUAGUCAUACAGGCAUUCUGACUGCAGUGAAGAAACUGGAUAGAGAAAAACGGGAAAAAUAUUCCUUCACAGUUCUGGCAAAAGAUAAUGGGAUGCCAUCCUUAAUAACCAAUGCCACAGUUUUAGUGACCAUUCUUGAUCAGAAUGACAACAGUCCAAUUUUUACUCACAGUGAGUACAACUUCUAUGUUCCAGAAAACCUUCCAAGACAUGGCACAGUAGGACUGAUCACUGUAACUGAUCUGGAUUAUGGAGAAAACUCUGCAGUCACUCUCUCCAUUUUAAAUGUGAAUGAUGACUUCACCAUUGAUCCACAGACUGGUGUUAUCCAACCAAAUAUUUCAUUUGACAGAGAAAAACAAGAAUCUUAUACUUUCUAUGUAAAGGCUGAGGAUGGUGGUAAGGUAUCACAUUCUUCAACUGCCAAAGUGACAAUAAAUGUGGUUGAUGUCAAUGACAACAAACCAGUUUUCAUUGUCCCUUCUUCCAAUAACUCCUAUGAAUUGGUUCUACCAUCCACCAAUCCAGGCACAGUGGUCUUCACGGUACUUGCUGUUGACAAUGACACUGGCAUGAAUGCAGAGCUUCAUUACAGCAUUGUAGGAGGAAACAGAAGAAGUUUGUUUAUAAUUGACCAAACAACAGGCAACAUCACACUAACGGAGAAAUGUGUCGUUACAGACCUUGGUUUACACAGAUUGAUAGUUAAAGCUAAGGAUUUAGGACAACCUGAAUCUCUCUUCAAUGUUGUUAUUGUUAAUCUAUUUGUGAAUGAGUCAGUGACCAAUGCUACAUGGAUUCAUGAACUGGUGCACAAAAACAUUGAAACACCAGUGACCCCAAAUAUUGAGACAACUGAUGCAUUCUCACCCACCAGUGACUAUGUCAAGAUCAUGGUUGCUAUUAUUGCUGGCACCAUAACUGUCAUCCUUGUUAUCUUCAUUACUGCUGUAGCAAGAUGCCAUCAAUUGCCACACAUUACAGCUGCUCAGAAAAACAAGCAGAAUUCUGAAUGGGUUACUCCAAACCCAGAAAACAGGCAGAUGAUAAUGAUGAUGAUGAUGAUGAAGAAGAAGAAGAAAAAGAAGAAGAAGAGGAAGAAGAAGCAUGCCCCUAAGAACUUGCUGCUUAACUUUGUCACUAUUGAAGAAACUAAGGCAGAUGAUGUUGACAAUGAUGGAAACAGUGUCACACUAGACCUUCCCAUUGAACUGGAAGAACAAACCAUGGGCAAGUACAACUGGGGCACUAUACCUACUACAUUCAAGCCUGACAGCCCUGAUUUAGCCAGGCACUACAAAUCUGCCUCUCCACAGCCUGCCUUCCAUAUCCAGCCUGAAACUCCCCUGAAUUCAAAGCACCACAUCAUCCAGGAACUGCCACUUGAUAACACCUUUGUGGCCUGUGAUUCCAUCUCUAAGUGUUCCUCCAGCAGUUCUGAUCCUUACAAUGUUUCUGAGUGCAGCUAUUCAGUGACAACUUUCAAAACUCCUGUGUCUGUACACACUAGACCGCCAAUGACGGAGGUUGUACGAUCUCACACCCCAAUGAAAGAGUCAACAACUGUGGAGAUCUGGAUUCAUCCCCAACCACAGUGGAAAUUUGAGGGGAAAAAAGCAGAAAAGUCCCAGCGGCAUGUCACAUUUCACUUACCAGAAGGAUCUCAGGAAAACAGCAGUGAUGGUGGACUGGGAGACCAUGAUGUGGGGAUUCCCAGCACAUCCCAUGCCCUGCCCCUUGGCUAUCCUCAGGAGCAGUACUUUGAUCAUACUGCACCCAAUAACCGCACUGAAGGGGAUGGCAACUCUGAUCCUGAAUCCUCUUUCAUCCCUGGACUAAAGAAAGCUACAGAAAUAACUAUUCAACCAACUGUGGAAGAGGCCUCUGACAACUGCACUCAAGAAUGUCUCAUCUUGGGCCAUUCUGAUACCUGCUGGAUGCCAGCUUCUCUGACUCAUUCCAGCCCUUCACACCUAUGCCACAGCUCAUCCCUGUCAAAGGCCUCUGCUUGCUGCUGUAGCCCUCCAGGGAUGCAGACCAUUGCUCUCUUCAGCCCUCCAGUGACUCAGGCUAUUACACUGUACCACAGCGCUCUACCAGCCCAGUCCUCAGUCCUCCAAUACAGCCCACCCUUGGCACAGGCUGCUACAAUCCACCUCAGCCUUCCUUUGCUACAGGCUGCUGCCUUCCAUCACAGCCCUACAAAGCCACCAAUGGCUUUGCAGCAAAGUUGGGGGCAAGGUGCUGGACCUGAUAGACUACUUCCUAUUGAUCAGGGAGUGCAAGGUAGUAUAAGAUCUCAGUUUUACACAAUGUCUGAAGGACUUUAUCCUAGUGAUUAGUCAAGUAAAGCCAUUCCCUUGACAACAUUCACUCCAGGCCAACAGGCUAGACCCUCUAGGGAUGUUCCCAUUAUGAAAGAACAUCCCUUAUAA